AUGACAGACGAAUUUCAAAUUAAUAGAAAUCAAUCUUGGAUGCACUCAAAGAGAUUUUGGGUUGUUUAUAUUGUUGCUAUAGUUGGUGCAAAAGCAUUAAUCACAGUUUUAUCACCAGAUUUCGAAUAUGAUUGGUUAUUAAUUACAGUAUUCCAUGCAGUUAUAACAUUCUUUGGUUUCCAUUGGCAAAAAGGUAUACCAUUCUUUCCAACUAACCAAGGAAAAUAUAGCAGACUCACACUUUGGGAACAAAUUGAUAGAGGACAACAAUAUACUCCAACCAGAAAAUUUUUUACAAUUAUUCCAAUCGUUUUGUAA